ACCCAAGUACCCAAUUAGAAGACGCGUCCCACCGGAGAGCCGGAAGAGCUGUCCCUGCUGCCCUCGCCAUCCGCCGCCGAUGGCGUCCGCCCCCGCCCCCGGCGUGGUGGUGGUGUUCGACUUCGACCGCACCAUCAUCGACUGGGACAGCGACGACUGGGUCAUCACCAAGCUCGGCGCCGCCGACGCCUUCCUGCGCCUGCGCCCCACCAUGCGCUGGAACCCGCUCAUGGACAGGAUGAUGGCGGAGCUGCAUGCGCGGGGGAAGACGGCGGAGGACAUCCGUGACUGCCUCAUGAGCGCGCCCCUCGACGCGCACGUCAUUUCCUCAAUCAAGACGGCUGCGGCGUUAGGGUGCGACCUGAGGGUGGUCAGCGACGCCAACACGUUCUUCAUCGAGACCGUCCUGGCGCACCACGGCGUGCUCGGCUGCUUCUCCGAGAUCAGCACCAACCCGGCUCGCGUCGACGCCGAUGGCAGGCUCAGGAUCUCGCCGUUCCAUGACACCGCGGCCGCACCCCACGGGUGCAGCCUCUGCCCUGAGAAUAUGUGCAAGGGGAAGAUAAUUGAGAAGAUCCAGUCGAUGGCCGACACCAAGAACCAGCAUUUCAUCUAUAUCGGUGACGGGAAGGGGGAUUACUGCCCCUCCCUUAAGCUGAGUGAGGGCGACUAUGUCAUGCCAAAGGAGAACUAUCCACUGUGGAAACUCAUCUGCAACAACAAGCAGCUUCUCAAGGCUGAAGUUCACCCAUGGAAUAGUGGCGAGGAUCUGGAAAAGACUCUACUUAAGUUGGUCAACAAGAUGAUAACCCCACCUGCACAAGUGUCCUCACUUGAUUGCAGCAAAUGUGAGAUGAGCAAACCAGCAUCAACUGAAGUAGGCCACCAUCAAGCCCUCCGUGUGCCACACUGAUCAAUGAUCGAUUCUUAGUUUGCAACUACAGGCAUGAGUGCCUGAUUAUUUCCGUAUGCCUCCAAUGAUAGAAGUCCUCAGUCUACAUUCAAAAUGCAGCGAUUUAGCAGAUGGAUAAUCUGUACACAUCCCUCAAACUGUAGCAUGGCAUUGAAAUGUUAAUUGAAACUUAAUUGCUAGUGAAGCAGGUAACUAUGUAUCCAAGUUUCCAGGUCAGAAAUUCAGUAUGUUAAGCUUCUUAAAUAAAUCAGAUAAAACGGUCAAGAGAGAAACA